UGACCGGUGCAGCAACAGAGCAGCCUGGUGUAGCACGAUGGAAGAGAAGGCGUGGUGCAGGCAGAGCGGCAGGAUGGCAGAUAGAGUAUGUGCCUCCUGCACUGAAGCCCAUGCACUGAGUUCUGCCAACGGUCAGAGCGAUGCUAAACUAGCUUACCAUGGAAGCAAGGGACACGCUGACAGUGAUUCCCUGAGAGAUGUUGUGCGGUGCAAUGCGGUGCUUGUGGGUGCCUCGUGGGCUGAGAGCCAUGGAAUGGGCGUCACAGGGACUGAAAGCCUUGCUCCCAGGGGUGGUGCGCAGUCCCUCGCAUGGGGGCCUGGGAGAGGGGAGCGAUGCAGAGGAGAGUAUGAGGUGGUCGUGGGAGGAGCGAAGCAGCAAAGCACAGCCAUCACAAGGCGUAUGCGUGCACAGGGAGGGUGUGUCCUCAAGUGUCCCGGCAGCCGGACUGAAGCAGCGAUGGCAGCAGAAGCAACAACAGGCAGUGCAAGGGGUAACAUGUGGGGUAUGGACUGCUGCAGGCAUGGUUGUAGCAACACAGUCAACGCGCAGGCAGGAAAAGAGGAGGGGAGGAAAGAAGGAGAAAAUGAGGGAAGGAGCAGAGGAGGAAAGGGGGAAACGGGGAAAGCAGCGAAAGACAGAGGGAGGAUGAAAGGCUCGCUUGGAAACGAACAGGGUCAACAGAAACCAGCUGGAACGGCAACAGCAGGCGUGGUACCAGCAGUGAUGUAUGCAAAGCGGCACCAAUCUUCAAGCAGUUCGCUCAAGGUUUCUCAGCCUUCGGGGAUCGUGGCAUCAAACAAUUGCCUUCAGUCUCUUCACGGUCAUCCGAUCUCCUGCGAGUUCCCCUCGUCUGCCCCAACUGCUCCCCCCCUCUCUUCCGCCUCCCCCGACGUAUUGUCCAUGGACGACUGUUUCGACUCACACGUGGCGGUCAGUCGGAGCAUACCACAUUUUGCGGAAGCGAUCGAUCGCAAGAAUUGCUCCGCGAGUUUCUGCACCGUUCAACGGCAGCCGUCGUCGCUCGCUGUCGCCGACGACGGUGCCCGCGUCGCCAAGGUAGGGUCCGCGAGAAGAGGAGGCGUACGAGUUUCGAUCCGGGGAGGCCGCGCGGAGGUGAUUAACACCGACCCUGACGCGACGGACGAUUCGUCGGACGAUGAGGACUCGUUCGGCUUGCCAUCCCACGGAUUCUACUCCGGCAACCACCGCAAUCCACGGAGACGCGGCUUUGCCGCUUCCACCGCGGCGACGUCCGUCCGCUCGUCGAACUUCGCUGCUUCGCCGCGAUCUGCGGCCACACUGCGAUUCCCGUCCGAUCCGCCGGGCGGAACUGGCAAUGCGGCGGCCUACUCGUCUGCCGCGACACUAAAUUACUAUUUCGGGGGGCAGCAUUUCCCGUGCAGCCCCUCCCCUUACGGCUACACCGCGCAGAGGAGUUAUCACGGUGGCUUGGUAGGCGGCGCUUCGGGCGCGGCGAGCGCCGGAUCGCCGGCGAUGAUUGCGACGAGCAGAAUGUCGUGCUCCGUCGCAGGCUGCUCCGCGGCAAUUGCGGAGUCGCCGUACAGCGCAGGAUCCGCGAACCCCGCCACUUUCGGCGCUUAUUACAACGGCGCGUACGGGUACCUGUAUGGGAGCUCCCCCAUUCCCGCGGCGACGCACGGCCAUGCCCAGGAGGCGGCCGAUCACCAUCAGCAACGCCUCAAUCAAUUCGACCGUGACGUGCGGCAGCAGCAGAGCGGGUACAUUGGCGCCCCCGGCGCGCCGUCUGCGCUACACAGCUCAAUUCCUAUCCACGACGGUUCCCGCAUCGCCAACGGAUCGAUGAGUCAGGCUCCUGACCUCAGACAAACCGGAUCGUACGGCGCGGCGCAAUCCAUGGCGCAUUUCCCCGCAUUCCGCGUUAUGGGGGAGGAUCAGGGGAGCGUCGCUGCCUCCGCGAUGCGACCAGUGAUUGCCGCAUCAGGCGCAGCGGGAUAUCCCGCGAAUGGCGGCGAGCGAAACGAUUUGGCGCAAGCGGCGCAUCCUUCGGAGAAGCUUUCGGCCCGGCCAACUCACCUCCCCACCGGCAUUGCCGCUGGCGCGCAGUUCCUGCCGCAUUUCCCGGGGGUCCCCGUCGACGCGCACGCGCUGGCCCAGGCGCAGCAAGCGGGGAUGAAGCGCAAGCUGGUGAACGGCGGGAAGGCGGCGGCGAGCGGAGUAAGCGGAGUGAGCGGAGCUGGCGGAUCGAAGAGGCAGAAGGACGGCGCAGGGGCGGACGCGAGUCACAGCACGUGCAGCACCAUCACUGCCAGCGGCGGUGGCGGCAGCAGCAACAGCGACGGCGAGCAUCCCGACGCGCAUUCCGCGCGAUCCGCGCGAUCCGCGCAUGCCAGCGUGACGACCGCGUACGCCUCCAAUCCCGCCUCCCCCGGGGCUGCGGUCUCGUCCGGUUCUCCCCAGCCCGCGAAGCACACGAGCAGCUGCGUCUUCCGAGGCGUGCGGCAGCGGCCGUGGGGCAAGUGGGCGGCUGAGAUUCGCGACCCAACGCGCGGCGUGCGCGUGUGGCUGGGAACGUACGACUCGGCCGAGACGGCCGCUAAGGCGUACGAUGCUGCCGCGAGGGCGAUCCGCGGUGCCGCUGCUAAAACCAACUUCCCGUUGGCGGAUUGCGCGUCCGCUCGAGCUGUCGCUCCUACUGACGCUCCUGCUGCUCCUAUUCCCUCUGCUGCCGUUGCGUCUGUGCCUCUGCCUACCGCUGCUGCGUGCGACAGAACCGCUGCUGCCCGGCUUGGGAGCAUCAACCUUAUGGCACCGCCGCCGCCAGCCAUGGCCAUGCACAGCCGUCAGGCCUCAUCAGGCAGCACUGGAGCCGCCGCCCCCGCAGCAGGCGCAGCCGCCAUGGGUACACUGAGCGACGGGCAGCUGAUGAAACCUACUGGAGCCGUCGUCCCCUCGGGGAAAGGCUCGCGCCGUGCUGCUGCGUUUCCGGAGGCGGCGACGCUGCGCGGUGCGCUCCUUCCGCGCAUCGCCAGCUGCACGUCGUGCGUGGCGGACGCGGAGCCCGAAAUGGCCGCCCCCUCCGCGCCCCCCGUUCUGCCACAGGCGCCGGCGGAGGUGGCGGCGACUGCAGGUGCUGCUUGUGCGCGUGGUGGUGAGUCGAGCGGGUGCGCCCGCACCAGGCCGUACGCGGGGAGGAAGAGCGGUAAAUCCGGGAAACCCAAUGGCUCUGGCGCUGCUGCUGCUGCUGCUGCUGCUGCUCCUGCUGUGGUGACCGGCACUGGUUUGUGCAAGGCAGGUUCAGCUAAGGUCGCUGCAGCAUCAUCAUCUCCGUCCCCCAUCACACGACCGGACAGCCCCUCUGCACUGCCAACGGUUGCUGCUGCUGUUUCCACGGCUGUUGCCCCACCUGCUGCUCCUGCUAAAACUGCUGGUGUUGGUGGUGCCAAUCUAGCCAAUCUGGCCCUAGACGACGUGCCGGCGGAAGCACUGAGCAUCCCUGACGAGGCAUUGAGUAAUGAGGAGGCUGCAGCGCUGCUGGAUAUGGAGGUGGCGUGGAGUCUAGACCUGGCGGAUUGCAUGGGCGGCGGAAACGAUGCGGGGCUGUUGCUGCUGCUGGAGGGCAGUCUGACGCACAGCGCCAGCGUGCAGGAUUUGGAUGAGAUCUCGUGCGCGCUUUUCGACGGUGAGGAUGAGGCGCUGCUCAUGCAGGGCGCGUUUGAUCUGCCUGCGUGCUUCGGAGGGGAGCUGCAGGAAGUAGAGGAGGAGGAGGGUGGAGAGGACGAGGCGCAGCAGGAGGGGAGGGAAGAGGAAGGCGGGUUGAUGCUGACUGCCUCUGUGAGGGUGAGUGGGUGGACUGGUGGUAGCAGUGAGGAGGCAAUCCACUGUCAAGCCGGAAGCAAACAGAGGGUGGGAGAGGGGGAGAAGGAACAGGAUGAGCUGCUACCGCACCUGCCGGAGGGGUGCUUGGAGGGCAUGGAUGGGUUAGAGUGCAUGGGUGGGUUGGAGGAUGGGGAUGGGUUUGGGGACGAUGACCUGCUGGGCGGGGAGUUGGAGCUGAUGGAUGCCUGGGAGGUGGAGGGCGUGUCGCUCGACUUUAUGGAUGAGCUUGAUAGUGUGCUGCUCAUGGGCAGUGGCUCGCACUCUGGCAGCAAUGCUGCCUCGGCUCUCACACAGUAG